AUGAACGUGUUUCAGAUUCAGACUGAACUGAGGUGUUUGCUUUGUAUUUACACGCAGGGUUGCACCCGCGGUCGCCAUAGCAACGUGAAGCCCCAGGAGCCUCUGCUGCCGGAGGUUUCCUCAGAGAAAGGAGACAUGAAGCACAGCAGCUGCCAGGAGAUCAUCUACCAGGGACCCAAGUCUAAAGAGAAGCUGGAGAAGGAGCGGCCCAGUUCAGACGAGGCCAGGAUGAAGCUGCCCCACAAAGUCUCUGCAUCCCUGGCUCAGGCUCUGGAGAAACUGGACCUCAGCACCAAAGCCGAGUACCAGAAGAAAGAGAGUCAGACGGUGAUGCCCGGGACGCGCUGCAAGAACGCAGGGUGUAAAACAGUCUUUCAGGGCCCAGAGACCAACAAAGAGGUCUGCACCCACCAUCCUGGAGUCCCUGUCUUCCACGAGGGGUAUAAGUAUUGGAACUGCUGCUGCAUAAGGACAAUAGAUUUCAAUGCUUUCCUGGACCAGAAGGGCUGCUCCACAGGGGUCCAUUGCUGGGUCCCCAAGCAGGACAAGAAGAAGGUGGCGUGUCGGUACGACUGGCACCAGACCGGAGACAAUGUCAUCGUUACGAUUUACGCAAAAAACGCAAACCCAAAGUUCAGCAGCAUAGAAGCAAACCAGACUGUGCUCUCAUGUCAAAUCCAGUUUGAGAACAAUAAGAUCUUCAAGAAAGACUUUCGCUUCUGGGGCGUGGUGAAUGUUAAGAAGAGUUCAGUCAACAUGGUCCCCUCCAAAGUGGAGGUGACCCUCCGUAAGGCCGACAAAGUGCCCUGGGGAAAACUAGAAGACCCAAACUACAAACCAGACCCAGAGCCCAUUGACGACUCCUUCACCGAAACCACGGAGAACCAGGAGCACUACUACGAUAUCGAAGACGACGACAUCAGCGACUCGGACGAAGAGUGGGCUUACGACACGAAACAGAACCAAAGACAGGAGGACAAGGAGGAGAAGGACAAGGAGGAGAUGAAGAAGAACGAGGAUGAAGAGAUCCAAAACUUAAAGAGGAAGGAGGUGGAGGAGGAGAUGAAGAAGGUGAGCGAGGAGAGGAAGAGGGUGGAGGAGGAGAAGAAGAAGCUGGAGGAGCAGAGGAGGCAGGAGGAGGGGGAAGGAUACGAAGACAUGCCAGAACUGGAGUAACUCUGCCGAAAACAAAGCAUUGAUGAACAUGAGAUGUGUUGAUAAUUGAAACACUUCUAUUUAAACACAUUUUUGUUAUAAAGCUAAUUAAUUGUUCAUUUCUGAUAUCAUGAGACUAACAUGUCCAACACCUGCUGUCUCACUCUGGAGGGCAGAUUUAAAGGCUGAUUGUCUUCCACAAACAAUUGAGUUACGUCUUUGGUUGACAAACACACUGGAUCCUUUAUGUUUUAUAUACGACAUAUACAAAUAACAACUUGAAGGUUCUAACCUGGAAACAACUUAUAAAGUAAAGACUGUAUCUUUCUCUUUACAAA